AUGCUCGCCAACUGCUUCGCUCUGGCCGUCCUGGCCGCUACUGCCGCCGCCCAAGGCAUCGUCAAGGGAACCAACCCCAAGGUCUUUUACAAGUUCAAUGUGGCCAGCAGAACAGCCCAGUGCCCCAAGCUGCUUCCGGAGCAUGUUGACGACGGCAUGAAGCGAUUCGACGGCCUUUUCCCUCCCAGAUACACAUACGAGAAUACCACCAAGGACGAGGACCAAAUCUUUGUCGGCGCUCUUUACCUCAGCUACCCCGAAGGCACGUUUGCAUUUGCUCUCGACUACAACUUUGCCCUGCCCAACACCACCGACAACUGGGUUGAGAAGGGCGCCGAUAUCGCCAACGUCUACACCGCGAUUCGCGAGGACAUUGUCCGCACCUGGGCGGCCGAUACUUUCCAGUUCAAGACGUACAAUGUCAGCAAGAGCACCAACGGCAGGCCUCCUAAGCAUGCUGGUGCGCUCACCGUCCAGAUUCAGACCCCAACCUUCGUCAAGGGCUGCGAUACCUCGUGCGGCGGUGACUGCAACCCCAACAAGUGCCAAUGCUAA